UUUCGGCUCGUUUGGAACGCGCUCACCCGGGCCAGCGCUCUCCCGACCCGGCGCACAGUUGGACAGUUGGUGGCAGAGCGGACGACAACGCACGCGCGCCUCUUCCUCCUCCUCCCCGCCGCCGCCGCCGCCGCCGCGCGCGCCUUUGCGUGCCCCAUACCGUCUCCUCCAACACGCUCCCCUCGUUGGCAUCAAUUUCCCAUCCCACCUGUCCACCGUCGCCCGCCGCUAUCUCGCACCCGAACCCAGCGCCUCCCUCGUCGCCGCCGGCGCGCCGCCAUGGUGUCGCAGCACGGCAUCCUCCUCGCAGUUAACAUCAUCUCCGACCAUUUCGGUCCUAUCGUAUCCAAAGUGUGUGGCUGCCUUCUGCGCCACGGCGCGCUGUCGUUGCAGGAUAUCGUCCGCCGCCUCGAACUCUCGCCCGGGCAGGUGAAGAACUCCCUCCUCAUUCUCAUUCAGCACAACUGCGUUCAGGCCUACACAAGCCCCAGAGGGGCUGGCGAUAGGACAGUGACGCUCUACCUGGCCAUCUUCGACAAUGUUCUGCACCGGCUGCGCUUCUCAAAGUUCCUUUCCGUCGUCCGUGUGGAUAUUCCUGAGUCAGAAGUUCUUCUCGAAGGAUUACUUCAGAAUGGUAGGCUAACAUUUGAGCAACUUGUGGAGCGAACAAUAUUUAAAGUAUCAGAAGACAGCCCCUUACCAACAAGGGAAGAAGUACGAAUGAACUUCAACAAACUUGUCUAUGCGCAUUAUGUGGAACGUUGCCCAAAACCAGAACCUUUUUUUGAUCCUCUUGCGGUUGAACAACCUACAUCCACAAGGAAACGGGCUCCUAAAACUGUUGAGGCGGUUCUUUCACUUGAGCAGAAAGUUGUCUGUACUGCAGCUCUAUCUGACGCUGAAAGAUUUUCUGAGAUACCAUACUUCAUGGACGGGUCAUCGAGUGCAAAAGAUGGCCAUCAUGCUGUUGCUGGUAAUAAGCGAAAACAUGAAACCUUAGAAGUUGAUGAAGAUGAUUCGAUAAUUGCAGAAAGUGAAGUACUUUGGCGGAUAAAUUUUGAGAGAUUCAUAUUUUGUUUAAAGAAGAAGUUUUGUGCAGAACGAAAGAAAGCAAAGAUGAGGCUCGGAACACUUGCUAUAUGGGAAGCAUUUUUUGAGGCCAAUGUAACAAACAACGACAACAAGACUGUGACAUCACCAAUAGAUGGAAUUUUGGAAAGAGUAGGACAAAAGGAAGGAGGCAUGUCAAUGACUUUGGAUCACAUAACAAGUGUGUUGAAUGAUUUAGAGUGCACUUCUACCGCUAAUAACCCAGAAGAAUUCACAUUCGAUUUGAAUAAAUUGGUUGAGACAUGUCGAAACGAUGAGAUAGAGUCUCUUGUGAAAAAGAAACAUGGGCAAGAAGCUUAUACAAUCUUUAGGUUAUUGCUGAAACAAGGCUCUCCAGUUGAGACGGAUGAAAUUACUGACAGGACAAUUCUAGACAAGCAGGUUGUUCAUGAAACUCUAUACAAGCUUUGGAAAGAUGAAUACAUAGAUUCAGAGAGAGUCCCUUCAACAUCAGCAACAGGAACAGGAAGCGCUCAGUUCUUUGUUUGGAGAGUAAAAAAUAUUUAUAGGGAACACUUCAUGGACAAUCUUUACCAUGCUGCUUUAAACUUGCGCCAGAUGGUCAAUUAUAUGGCUGAACUACUACUUGAGGGUUCAAAGGAUGAAAUCAAGCUUCGGAACAGAAAAAACAUUUUGAUCCUAGCUCUCACUAGACAUGAUGAAUCCCUUAUGUUGUUCCAUGAUUUUUGAGAAUACUGGAACAGGAUCUGGUUAUAAAUUUCUGGUCUUUGGAGAAACCAAAGCAUGGUGAUUUUUCUUUGGAAUUGUCAAAGCUUCGUACCUAUGAUGUUGUUGAGGGAGUUGCUCGUCAACUUGAAUUGGACCAUGCAUGAAAAUUCGGCUUACAUCCCACAAUUGCUAAUCUCAGCAACCUAAACCACAGCCUGUCAAGUAUCGAACAGUGGAGCAUCUGUUGGACAUGCUCAUCCUUUACAAUCAGAUUAACCUUUUUUGUUUCUUUUGGUCAAUAUGAGCAUGAUUUCCGUGUAACAAAAUGUGUUGGACUUCCUGAACUUUAACAAAGAUUAUUACAUUCAGUUAAAACAUCGUUUCCCCCAGUUUAUAUGUAACAUCAGAAUAGAUGUUCUUUGUGGUUAAAUGUCAUUGUGCGCCAAGUCAUGCAUCUGGUAUGCUUGUCUGUU